CGGAGGCAUCCUCUCGCGGCGGCGGCGAGGUGUCCCCAUCGAUGUCCCGCCCGCGUCUCUCCUCCCUCUUUGCCGCCUCGGGGACCUCCUCCGCACCGGUCUCCAGGGCGGCGCGAGAGCACUCGCGCCGCCUUGAUGCUGCCUACGCCGCAUUCCGGCAGAGGCUGCGCUCCAGGACGCUCGGGCCCGAAGACGCGCGCCAACUGUUCGAUGAAUUGCUCCUCCGCGCCCCCGCCCACGCCCAUGCCUUCAAUGCGCUCCUCGCCGAUCUCGCCCGCGCGCCGCCUUCUGCCGCCUGCCGGGACGGCCCCGCCCUCGCCAUCGAGCUGUUCAAGCGGAUGGACCGACGAGCCUCUCCCAACAUCCACACCUACGACAUCCUCAUCAGCUGCUACCGCCGCGCACACUGCCCAGGCCUUGGGCUUACCGUCUACGGCCGCUUGCUCAGGACAGGCCUGAGGCUGAACUUGGUUUUGUACAACUCGCUCAUCGACUGUUUCUCUAAGGACGGCAAGGUCGACAAAGCUUACCAAUUACUCCAUGACAUGAAAGAGCUGGGCAUUAUGCCAAAUGUGAUGACUUAUAGCUCAAUUAUCUACGGGCUGUGCAAAUCAAAGGCAAUGGACAAGGCUGAGAUGGUUCUAGAACAGAUGGUUGAUGCUGGUAUCCAACCCAAUAAUAUGACAUACAAUAGUUUAAUCCAUGGAUACUCCACUUCAGGAAUGUGGAAGGAGUCAGUUAGAGUGUUGAAAGGAAUGUCAAGCUCCGGUCUCAAACCAAACGUCAGCAAUUGUAACACCUUCAUGUCUGCUCUUUGCAAGCAUGGUAGAAUCAAAGAAGCAAAAGAUAUUUUUGAUUCAAUGGUUCUCAAGGGCCCCAAACCUGAUGUUAUCUCGUACUCUACUUUGCUUCAUGGGUAUGCUACCCAGGGUAGCUUCACUGAUGUGCAUAAUAUCUUUAAGUUGAUGGUUACUAAUGGCAUCAUGCCUAACCAUUACGUUUUCAACACACUACUUGAUGUAUAUGCUAGGUGUGGGAUGAUGGAUAAGGUUUUGCUUAUACUAGAGCACAUGAGUAAGCAAGGAUUUAACCCUGAUGUAGUAUCAUUUGGAAUUGUGAUAUCUGCUUUUUGCAGAAUGGGUAGGUUAGAUGAUGCCCUGAACAAAUUUAGCCACAUGAUUGAUAUUGGUAUAGCACCGAACAUGGCUAUUUACCAUACUCUGAUUCAGGGUCAUUGUAAUCAUGGUGAUUUGGUGAAAGCCAAGGAAUUAACUUCUGAUAUGAUAUAUAAGGGUUUUCCUCCUCCUUCUGUUAUUUUCUUCAAUUCAAUAAUCAAUGACCUAUGCAGCACAGGAAGGGUAGCGGAAGGGAAAGAUACCAUGGACUUGAUUACACACACUGGUCAGAAGCCUGAUGUUAUUACAUUCAAUUCUCUGAUUGAUGGAUAUUGCUUAGUUGGCAAAAUGGAGGAAGCAUUUGCAUUACUUGAUGUUAUGGCGUCAGUUGGUGUUGAACCUAACAGUUAUAUACAUGAUACACUUCUUAAUGGCUAUUGCAAAAAUGGAAGGAUCAAAGAUGCAUUGACUCUAUUCAAAGAUAUGUUGCACAAGAGAGUUACACCUACAUGUUGUUCAUAUAACACCAUACUCCAUGGGUUAUUUCAGGCAGGGUGGACUGUUGCUGCAAAGAAAAUAUUUCAUGAGAUGAUUGAAAGUGGAAUGGCAGUGAGCAUUUAUACAUACAGUAUUGUACUCGGUGGACUUUGUAGAAAUAAUUGCACUGAUGAAGUAAUCAUGCUGUUAGAGAAAUUGUUUGCAAUGAACCUAAAGUUUGAUAACUUUAUUUUCAACAUAAUUAUUACUGCAAUGUUCAAAGUUGGCAAAAGAGAAGAAGCUAAGGAAUUGUUUGCUGCUAUGUCUACUUACGGUUUGGUUCCUAGCAUACAUACCUACUGUGUAAUGAUAAUAAAUCUUAUAAAAGAGAAGUCAUUCGAAGAGGUUGACAAUGUCUUUUCAUUAAUGGAGGAUGCUGGUUUUCCUCCCAACUCUCAUUUGUUAAAUAAGAUCGUCAGAAUACUUCUCAAGAAAGGUGAGAUAGCCCAGGCCAGAAAUUAUAUGUCUAAAAUUGACGAGAAGGGUAUCUCGCUUGAAGCGUCAACCUCUGCCUUGUUGAUCUCUCUCUUCUCAGAGAAAGGGAAAUAUCGGGAAUACCUAAAAUUGCUCCCUGCAAAGUAUCAUGUUUUUGAGGGAGUAAACAUCAGCUAAUAGUUAUAUCUGUACUUGACUUCUGAUGGGAAAGGUAACCAGGUAGGUAUCUGAACUAGGACUAUAAAGGGAAGAUAAAUGAAUCUGUAAGUGAUGCUUUCAGGUUGCUUUGCUUAAAACUUGAGUUAAUAUUGCUUGUAGUGCACCCAGCAGGAUCAAGAAGCUAAUUGACAUGGAAGCAUUAUGGUUGUCACCCCUGAAAUUAGUUGUACAUGACAUGCAGAGAGAUGCAAAGUCAUUUACAUUGUUUACUUUGCCACAUGUCAGAAAAGGGUUCUGGGAUUUGUACAAGGGCUAUCUAGACCAGAAAGUUAAAGGAGGAAAUGCAAGAUUAUGCUUCUACGGUGGCGUGUCUGAGAAAGAUGUGAAAAAAGUGCUUCCAUCCGCCGAGUAAAAAAUGUCUUGAUAUGAUGAAAUUGUCAUGUGGACAUUGUAAUCGAUCAACUAGAUUCGUAUUUGUUUUGGCAUACUAGGAACUUGUAAAAGCAGGCAUGGCAAGCAAUUUUGGAAUCAUGAGUGCAUUUUGUCAAUUUACCGAUUUUUCCUGUUUGUUAUCACAAAGUCUGUAUUGUGAUGGAAGAUGUUUAUCACAAUCCAGAGAGUUUCA